AUAAUCGCCAUUAAGUUUGCUUCUAAUUGCUGUGCUAUUUAUUCCCUACCACCACACAUGCAUGUACAGGAUCUAAAUAAACUUGGAUAAAGUUCAGAGGGGCAUGUUGCAUUAGCAGUCUUUCUUUUAAUUCACUGUUGUUUUAUGGGAUUUCUGUACAUUGAUCUUCCCGGUUGCAUUUAUUUGUGCAUGUGUGUGGCACAUUUUACUAUUUUCUCCAUUCUCUUUCUAAGCCUCUUUGCAGCCUUUUAGGAAGUUUAAAAGAAAUAGAAAUUCCAUAGCCAAAUGCUCAUGACGGCCCAGGUGCAUUAUUUCAAAUGCUCCUCACAGUCCUCCAACAAGGAAAUGUUCAUUUUUCACACAGAAUAAAACAAAGCUUUUCUAAUUGCAUGUGACAAGUAUUGGAAGGUGCUUCCAAUGCUCAAGAAAUGUCUCUUUUCCCUGACAAGAUAGUAGCAAACUGAUUGGCAUUUAUAGCAUAUGCUAAUUUCAGUUUUUAAAAUGCAUAUUACCUAAGUAUGCCAUGCAGAAAUGAAACAGAAGGAUAGUGUGUGGAGAUGGACAAAAAAUUUUUUGAAGUUUGCAUGAUCUUUUCUGUGCACAUUUCUCCUGAUAUAUGUAUUUGUGUGUGCGUUUCUGACUAGUACGCAAACUUUUGUGAGCAACUUUCAAAAUACUUACAUAUUUCUGCAGUACACACAUUUUUGCUUACCUUUUUGAUUGGAACAUUCAGAAAAGAAUGAGUUUCAAAGGAUGGCUGACUUUUCUUUUUAGGAAUUGUUUAAGCAUUUAGCCUGCAUGCUGUGGCCCUUUUUAAUUGCUUUAUAGAUGUUUAAUUCAUUAUGUUCUAAUUGGUUUUAAUGUUUGUUUUAUUCUGUUAAUAUGUUUUAUGCAUUGUAAGCUGCCUAGGAAGGCUUCAGCAAUUUUAGGCGGCCUAUAAAUACAUGGAAAUCAAUCAAUCAAUCAGUCAAUAGUGGUUUGAAAGUACAAAAUGAGGCAUUACAAUGUGAAGUGAACAUAUUUCUCCCCAUUCCUAGGCUUAUGUUUGUUGAUUUUCUUUUUUAAAAAGGUCUGUUUGCUAUGUGGCAGAGAAACCGUAUAUCUUAUGUUAGGUUUCUUCUCCAGUGCAAUCCCAUAUACUUUUACUUGGGAAUAUACCAGGGUGAAUCCUAGAAACAUUUAGGGAACAGUCUUGGGUGUGUUAAGACAAAAAAUAAAUCCCACAAUGCCAGAAGUUGUAGGACGUAUUUCCUUCUAAAUGUGCAUAGGAUUGCACCCCUACUAGUGAGUAAGCCCCACUGAACAUUGGGAACUGCUUCCAGGAAAAUGUGCGAACCAGAGUGUUGAAAGAAUACACAGAACCAUGCAAAAGAUGCCAGACAAUGAGGAGGCCUUCCUGGCAGGCUUGUAUUCUAAAUGAAUGUGAAACAUGAGAGUGUGGGAAAGGCAGAGGUGUGGUGAGGGAGAAAAACGAACAGGUGAAACAGGUGGGCCAUUAUUAGCUUUUUAAAAUUGAUCAGUGGAUGAAGCUGUUCAAAUGUCAGGGAAGAAUGAGCAGCAAAGAAUAUCUCUCUUUGAAAUAAUGGUGUGGGAGUCCAAGAAAAAUCUCUCUCUCUUAUGAAUUUCUUUUAAAAAUCAAGCUUCUAGUCCUUAUCAUUGCAACAAGUUGGGCAACUCUUUACUCCUUUUGUGAUGCUCCCACCCUACUUGUAAGUUUUCUGGAAAUAUUAAGUGUUGGUCCAAUUCAGCACUGGUUCCUUAGAUUUUUUCCUAAUCAGAAUGUUACCAACUAGCAAGUCAAAUGCAAAUACAAAAUAAUGCACAAUAAUGUUGCUAUUGUAUGCUUGCGUCUCUCUCUCUCUCUCUCUCUCUCUCUCUCUCUCUCUCUCUGUGUUUACCCAAUAGAUGCACAUCACACAAUCCCAGCUUCCUUGCAGAAGAACUUGGGUUGUCUCAGUGCAGAAAUAGCAAUUAUUGGAGGUUUCUGUUGAAAUAUCCUACAUUAUAAUCACAAAGAAAGAGAGAUAGAAAGAAAACAGUAAUAAUGGUAACAAAAAUAACACAUGAGAAUGAAUAACCCUUUUCAUUUUACAGAGUUUAUCUCAAAAACUUAAAAUAUCAGUAACUGUUCUGUUGAUUCUGUGUUUAUAUACUUAGGAAACAUAGUUGAGUGCAGAAUUUUAAUUCUUUUCAAUAUUGUUCAAGAGCCCUGGCAAAGAGUUUCAAUAGAAGGGUACAGUUAAUAAAAAGGAGAGAUAGAGAAAAGAAGAUUGUUUCUAAGCUCUGAUAGAUGCAAGAUGAAAGAAGUAACAUGGAAGGGAAGAAGAAAUAUUUUCUAGGCAUUUUUAUUUUUAUUAGAGCAGUUCUGUGCCAUUUAAUAUAAUAAAAUCUUUGAGGGCUCAUGAGUGACUGAAACAUCUGGCAGUUGUAGGACAUUUUUCUGUCUCAACAUCACCUGUUUGAAAAUGGAAAGCAUGACAUAGGAAUGCUUUAUUGGGGGGGUGUUAUAAAAGGAAGGGGCUUUUUGCAGUAUCAGAACUUUGUACCACUCCCAGAUCUGUGUGUCCAGCAUCCACAAAGCUGAUUAGCAGUCCAGAAUCACAGGCAACAGUGCACAGAAUUCUUCCCCGAUGACUUGUCUAUCUCCAGUGGCCCUUCUCAUAUCAUUUCUUACAGGCUUUUUUAGACAAGUAGGCAGAAGUGGCUACAAGCAUUUGAUAAUAAGAAACUACCAUGGUUACAAGAUGCAGAAAUAACUGCAGAAACAUAGAUUAGGUCAUCUCUACAGUAAAUGAUUCAUAAACAUGACUAUAGGAAAUUUUAUAAGUCAGAGCAUAGCUCCCUUGGGAUUUGCACACUGGUGCAGAACGAGGAGAAUUGUUGAGUUGGCUUCUACCAAAGAUACCAAACUAUCUUAUCUCUUGAUGUGUGCUUAAGUUUUUAGGAAUAUCUUUCACAACUAAGGAGCAUUAAUUAGCCUGUGUUGAUUCCAUAUUCAUGGCUGUUAACCUGGAAUGCUGCAUGCUUGUUUGGAAGUGCGGGAGGGCUUCUGCAGAUGGAAUCAGUCGGAUAUAGCUGGAUGAUGAAGCUCAUAUUGUCUUCGCUUCCACUGCAGCCCCAGGCUGUGCGCUGCCCUGGUGGGAGGAGCAGUAGGCAGCCAUCUGAAUCUCCCACAAUGCAGCAGAGAGAUGCUGCACUGGGGGCAUUGUGGGAAAUGGACAUGGCUAUACAUUGGGUUCACUUGUUAGCAAGAGUCCAGUGAUAUCAAAGGUGCCUAGCCAUUCACACGUACAAAACUUUUAAUGAAGGGAUUUGGACCACCUCUCUAGUAGGGAUGGAGAAAAUGUUCUGCAUCUGGUCCAUGUCCUUGGACUUGUAUUUGUUCACUCAGAGCCCUAUUCUGUCCAAUUCUUGCAUUAAAUGUGCACAGACGCUCCCAUUCAUAUAAUUUAAUUUCUGCUUUCUCACAUUUCUCAACAUACCCUUUGGCCUCAAAAUACAUAUCUUAAAACACAUCUGGACACAUUCUGGGGGCCAAAACUGGUCAGGGCAUCCAGGAACUGCAAAGUCCUGUGGAAAACUUAAGUUCCAACCUGCACUUUCAUCAAGGAGGCCCAGUUCCAUCAGGUCGGUCACUCCAUGUCAGAAUUUGACUAACUCCAAUUGCUCAGUCAAACUUACUCCCUGAACAUCUUAUUCCUCCACAAACCCACAUGGGGCAACACAAGCUGACCAUCCAGCAGGAUGAGUGGGCAACAUGGGGAUUCACCACCCCUCCUGAGCAUGGCACAUGUAAGCUUCAAACAGGACUGAAUUACCCGGGAAACCCAAAGCACCAUCGGUACACUGUGCACAUGUUCAGCCUGGGUACACGAGGGCUAGAAGUGUGCAGCACAGAAUAUGCAUGCAAUCCCUGAAGCCAGCCGUCGUGCACACCCAGCUGCUCUUUAGGCAUGUCUGGGUUUAAUGCUAUGAUCUGAAGGGGGGUCGUAAAAACAUUACUGUGCCACACUCUUACAACCCUCCUGAAAUCAAAAAGCCUGAAGUUUUUCCCUUAACCCUGAGACUUCCCCCUCCUCUCCUAGUGAGACCCAGCUAAAUAUUUUGCAGCAAUUGCUCACAUAUGUCUCUCGUUCCCUGCAUCCACUCCCCUUCCUUGCAAUUCCAACAUACAGACAGCAAACUCCUUGAGACAGUGAGUAACCUGCCCGUCUCUGUUCUUACCUUGCUCUAUAGAGCAGUGGGUCCAUUGAUGCUGCGACAUGAAUAAAUGCAUCGUAGUGAGUAGGUCACAGUUCAUAUUUGGCAAAAGCUGCAAUAAGCUUUUACAGGGUGCAUUUUUAGCAGUGGCUAAGAGAGAGGCAUGGAAAGAAACUUGCAAAGGAAGAGAAGGGUUCUUAGUAUCUUGGAGGGCAGUUCAGUUGCAAAGCACAGUAGCAAACAAGCAGGUAUUACUUCUAAGUUGUCCUAGUAUGCCUUAAACAGAAUCUUUCUAUAACCAGGCACGCAUUCCUGAGCUCCUAAGGACUAAGCGAAUGUAGAGGGAUGGGAUCCCUCAUGCUGGCCCUCCUACCAAUGUCCCUAUGCCAUGCGCUAUCAGUGCCUGAGCGCCCCACGUUGAGCAAGGGGGCUGGGCAGAAGCGGAGCUCUCCCCCUGCUUGUCUAAAUGCAAGGAAAAUUCUCUGUGCACUUGAAGAUCCUAAAAACAAAAAACAAAACAAACUUACGCAGAGGGUUCUGCUCGCAUCCCCUCAAGAAUGAGCAACACUCCUUUUCAGAGCUUGCCGCUCAGCACAGAAUGGUUGGGAACUAUUGCAUAGAACCUGGAACAUCUAAGGACACUCUGAGUUUGGCCCAUCCUCUCUAUAGGCUUUUAGCUCUCAUGCAUUCAGACAGACGUUAGCAAUAGGUCUCACAUAUGUAUGCCUGCGAUGUGACUACAUGCCUUUUCUUUUCUGGUCUAUGUGCUGAGUCAAAGUAACCUAGCUUUGUAGAUGUGGAUGUGUAUGCCAGGAAACGAGCCAGUUUUUCCAGCAAGCCGGAAGAUCGCCGUGUCAUUCGCCCCCAUUCAGUUCCCUCUGCUUCCCCUGCCUCAAGACCACCUUCUCGGCUUCUUUCACCCUCACUGUCCUCGACCUCAUUUGCCCAGGAUUUUGGGCCCUGGUUCACUGGGACUGUCACGCCACAUGUAGAGUUGUCACAUCAAAACAAAAGGUCGAGGAACUUCAUUGAAAGAAUGUGGAUGUUUAACAAGAGGAGGACUAAUUUUAAAAAUUUCUUCCCGUGAGUUUAUAUGCUCAUGUCAGCAAGCUCCUCAAAAUUAAAAAUAAUUCUGUGUAACCCCUAAUAUAGCUAGAAAGCUGUGGGUUGGGGAUGGGAAGGAAUAAAUGUGUUUUUGAUACUGUGUUGGACCUCCUGAAUAUUUCUAGAUCAUAUUUGAUACCGGUGGUGGUGUCAAUAUUGAUGAUUGUAUUAUCAGAUCAAUGCUCUAAUGUUUUAAAGUAACUGAAAGGAAGGAAAUGGCAGUGGAUCACUUCUGCUGAAUUUCCUGCAUAGCCCAACAAUCGUUUUCAAGCCUUUUGAACGGAGCACUGUGGAUUCCACAUAGAGAUACUGUUGCUUAACGAAAACUCAAAAUCUGUUUUUAUUUUGCCAUGUUUGGCCUGCUGAUGGAUGUGAAUGAAGGAGACAUCUGCCCUGAAGUGAUUGCUGCCUUACUGUAAAAGUGCCUCGUUUAUUAUAACGACCACCCCGAGAUGGCUACAUACUUCAAAUUCCUAGGGGGUUGGUAUCAGGUAUCUGAGCUGUUUAUGUCCCUUCGAUACUGAGCCAGAAAUACAUAAAACCUGAGAGGGUCCUUAAUCAUACUUUUUUUUCUUGUCCACAGAGUUUCAUAGCAGAUAUUUAUUUCCCUAAGAGCAGGACUCUGCCUCUCUUCCAUGCUGCCCAGCAUGGUCUUGCCUUGUUAUGAAUGUGUUCAGUGUAGUGAUAAUGCCCUCAAAGAUCAGGAGGAGCAUUAUUCUAACCAGUUUAUUAGCAUUGCUGAGAAUGUCACAGCCCUGGUACAAUGAAUCACCUUUCUCUGGAACAACCAGAGAAAAGCAUGUUUGCAUGUUCUUUGUCCAUGCACGCUGGGAAGCAUUCAUCACAGCAAAUUCAAGCGCAAAAACAUUGCAUCGAAUUGAAUUUCUGUUCACUGCUUUGUCUUUUUCCUUGUAUUAAUGUUGCCUAUUUUCCUACUGAAUUAUUAAAUUUGAUUUACUUCACUCUUUCACUCCUCUUCUCUUCUCUUCUUUUCCCAACACCCUGUUCAUUCCUCCCAAUUGGAUCUGGCUCGAAUAAAGAGAUCUUGCUGGAAUGCCUUUCCCUUCCUUCCUUCCCCCUCCAAAACUAUGUUAAUCAAGUUCAGUGCCAUGUCCGCAGCAAGCCGCCGGAUCGCGCCCCAAACCCCGAGCGAGUUGCGCCACAUCCAGGAAGGCAACACAUGCCCAGUUUCCCGUGCGCCCCGAGGAGGCGCUUCGUUCGCGUCCUCCUCCUCUUCCCUUAAUGGCUGGUGUUUUUUUUAAAGAUAAAUAAAGCUUGCCCGCACUUGUGAAUGGGCACCGUCCAGUGCACGGCGGAGGCUGCCUGGGGCGGCGGGGGUUAAAUUCUAGCUGCAGUGGCGGAGGAGCUCCGCCCCCCAUUUCAGCACCUGGCGCUCCAUAGACAGUUGCCUCAGCAGUAGAUUUCAGAGGGGAUUGGAGGAAAACAAGAGGGGGAGAGAAUGUGACAACUGCCGGCUCUUGACUGCUGCCUUGGGGAGGCCUCCGCACCUGUCCCUGCCUGUCUCUUGGCCAACACAGUUGGUGGAUCAGAGCAGCCCGAGAACAGGCUCAUUUGCCAGACCGGAGCGGUGCGCGCAGGGGGGCGCAAAAGCAGACCAUGACUUCUUCGUUCAAGCUGGAUUUUCUGCCGGAGAUGAUGGUCGACAGCCGCUUGCUAGUUUCCGACAGAAUUAACGGCACAGCUAGCAAAAUGAAUGGCGCACUGGACCACUCAGACCAACCAGACCCGGAUGCCAUUAAGAUGUUUGUUGGACAGAUUCCCCGUUCGUGGUCAGAAAAAGAGCUAAAAGAACUUUUUGAGCCUUAUGGAGCUGUCUACCAGAUCAACGUUCUCCGAGAUCGGAGUCAGAACCCUCCCCAAAGCAAAGGUUGUUGUUUCGUAACAUUUUAUACAAGAAAAGCUGCACUUGAGGCACAGAAUGCAUUGCACAAUAUUAAAACUUUACCUGGGAUGCAUCAUCCCAUUCAGAUGAAACCGGCAGAUAGUGAAAAGUCCAACGAGCUGCAGAGAAACCUCACGGUCAAAGGCAGAGUCAGAACAGAAUCCGAUGAGAUAACAGAUGAAGUGUGGCAAAAUCCAGGGGAUGCUGGUGCCUCGCAUGGCAUUGGGGCUCCUUAUCCAUUUCAAGGAGUGUCCUUUCAAGGCCAAACCUUUGCAUCUUCUGCUGUGGAAGACAGAAAAUUGUUCAUAGGAAUGGUUUCAAAGAAGUGUAACGAGAAUGAUAUCCGGGUGAUGUUUUCCCCAUUUGGUCAGAUAGAAGAAUGCCGGAUCCUCCGAGGACCAGACGGGCUGAGCAGAGGCUGUGCGUUUGUCACGUUUUCAACAAGGGCAAUGGCACAGAAUGCGAUCAAAGCCAUGCACCAGUCUCAGACCAUGGAGGGCUGUUCUUCACCAAUAGUCGUGAAGUUUGCUGAUACCCAAAAGGACAAGGAGCAGAGGCGUUUACAACAGCAGUUGGCCCAGCAAAUGCAGCAACUCAACACCGCCACCUGGGGGAACCUCACAGGUCUCGGAGGACUUACACCACAGUACCUGGCUCUUCUGCAGCAAGCGACUUCCUCCAGUAACUUGGGUGCCUUCAGCGGCAUUCAACAAAUGGCUGGAAUGAGUGCUUUACAACUACAGAAUCUGGCAACUUUGGCAGCUGCAGCCGCCGCAGCCCAAACCUCAGCCACUACCACCAAUGCAAAUCCUCUCUCCACAACAACCGGCGCACUUGGCGCACUCGCGAGUCCAGCAUCUGGGAGCCUGCCGCAGUUGUCUUGCAACCAAAAAGGGCUCCUUUACCUGCCCUUAUCCCCUAAACUGACAAAUACCUGCCUGGAAGACGAAGUGAGAGUGAGGACCUUUCUAGCAGACGUGGCUGCAUCAACAGCAAAUUCUACAGCUGGGGCGGCCAUGAAUUCUUUGACUUCUCUGGGGACUCUCCAAGGAUUGGCUGGAGCCACUGUUGGAUUGAAUAAUAUUAAUGCACUAGCAGGUACCGUAAACAUUGCUCAAAUGCUCUCAGGUAUGGCUGCCCUGAACGGAGGACUCGGUGCAACAGGCUUGACGAACGGUGCGGCCGGUACGAUGGAUGCCCUCACCCAAGCCUACUCAGGAAUCCAGCAGUACGCCGCCGCGGCGCUGCCCACCUUGUACAGUCAAAGCUUGUUACAACAACAGAGCGCUGCAGGCAGCCAGAAAGAAGGUCCAGAAGGAGCAAACCUCUUCAUUUAUCACCUCCCACAGGAGUUUGGAGACCAGGACAUUCUGCAGAUGUUCAUGCCUUUUGGGAACGUUAUUUCUGCUAAGGUCUUCAUUGACAAACAGACCAAUCUAAGCAAGUGCUUUGGUUUUGUUAGCUAUGACAAUCCUGUCUCUGCGCAAGCUGCUAUCCAGGCCAUGAACGGCUUUCAGAUUGGCAUGAAACGCUUGAAAGUUCAGCUGAAGCGCUCCAAAAAUGACAGCAAACCUUACUGAUCAUUACCACAGAAGCUUACUGCUAAUUAAUUUAGAUUUCUUAGGACAUCUUCAUGCCCGUUAGCUCAUCGUUUGCCUAGCAUGUCCCUGUGGCGUCUUAAAAAAAGUUUCAUCGUCCCGUCAUUGUUUCUGAUGUCUUUCUGACCUCACAUCAUAAUUUGGUUCUCCUACUGACCUUUGAUCUAUAGUUUGAACCUUUGAAAUUUGCAUGUGACCUCAUCUAGCUAUAUGAAUUCUGGGAAGUCAAUGUGAAAAGCAUUGCUGCAUUUAUGCAAGAUUGAAAUUUAUUACUAGUCAAAUUAAUGAUAGGAUUAUUAAACACACACACACACACACACACACACACAACCUGUGGCAAAAUGUUUUGUUAGGGUUUUUAAGUUGUUCCUUUUUCCUUUUCCUUUUCCUUUUUCUUUUUGUGUUAAAAAAAAACACAGACUUGAAAGUAUUAAACAGAGAUUGGCAUUCUGGCUGGUCACUGAUCACUAUAGCAAUAUGUGUCCAGAGGCGCAGAAUGUUGGUUUCUACCAGACUACUUCCAAAACAGUUUGAAAUGAAGAACUGUCUGAUUUUAAGUCUCUAGAGGUCUGUAAUAGUUUUUACAUUUUUCAGGCAGUGUAAAGUUUUUUGAUAAGGCCAUUUUAGGUGGCUCACUUUCUCAUUAAGAAUAUAUAUAUAGAACCACUUUUUGUAGAUUAGUAUAACAAAAAUUUACCCUGUUUUAGGGCAAAUGCUACCUAUUUGUGUCACCUUUUGCUGAACUGACUCACAAGUUAGACAAUCCAUGAAUUAAUGCACAUGAAAAUUACCUAUAUUUUAUACUGUUUCAAUGUACAGGAGAAAGGUUACUGUAAGCUGUCGUUCCAUUGGUGCUUCUGUGAAUUAAGUUGUGAUUUCAUCAUGGGUCUUUUGGUCUUUAAGUGUUCUGUGUUUAUAAACAACAGGUUUGAAAUUGGUUUUUACUUGAAGAACAUCAGCAACAGAACAAAAAACGAAUUUCAAAAAACGAAAAAAGUUGUUUGCUUAAAAUUUAAAAAAAAAGUUUUCAUGUGAAAAAGAAACUAUUCCAGAUUAAGUUUGUGUUGGCUUCCGUGACGCAUUGGUGUCAAUUUUUUUUAAUUAUUAUUGUGGACAAUUUAGAUGUGUUUGUGUUCAGCAAAAUGUGAUCAGUUUUUCUUUUAAAGAAAUAACAAUAAUAAUAAUAAAAAAAGAAAUCAGUGAAAAAAAUUUAGUGCCAAACUCCAAAGGUACUUUUCUUCCUAGAGCUUCAGUGUGUUUCUUGUGUGAAGUAAUUUGAUAACAUGGGUAUUUUACUAUGUGUUUUGUAUAAAACCCUAAUAUUUAAAGGAAAAAGAGGUUACAAAGUUUGUUAACUUGCUAUCUUGUGGUCUUGUUGCCUGAAAUUGUUGUUGUUUGUUAUUUCUCUUGGAUGUUUUUUGUAAAACAUUGUAUGAAGUGCCCAUGUUUCCCUUUUCUAACCACUCUGCACAUCAACGCUGUGAAAGCAAACCUCACAAUGUAAUUUCUUCAUAAUGUAUGGAAACCUCUAAGGUGAGAAAGUUUUGAACUUUUAACCCUUUCCACCCAGAGCUGUCUUGAGUGUUAAUACUUUUAUACAUUCACCAUUUUGCUGUUUAUUUUUAUAUAUACAUAUAUAUAUAUAUCUAUAGCUAUAAAUAUAUAUAUACUUAAUUUUUGUGGUUUAUUUAAUACAUGGUUGAAAUCAGAAAAAUGCACAGGGCAGACCUGAAGGACAAAAAAAAAAUAUUUUACUGCUGUCUAAAUUUCUUCUGUAUCUAUAACUAAAAAAAAAGUAUUUAAAAUAGUAAUUGUAGAUCUCCUUUUUAGGUAUUUGGGUUUUUUUGUCUUUUCUUAAAAAGAGCUUUUAAUAUGCUGCUGGAAUAUGAUAUUCAGUAUUAAUAAAAUAAAAUAAAAAUAAUUCUUUAAUUAUGUAUUGUAUGACCACUCCUAGACAGGAGAGGUAAACCCACCAUUUGAAAUCAUUAAAAAGUAUUUUUGUAAUGAAAUAAAAUGAACUUUUGCUUAAAUCCAAUGCACUAGAACUUCCUGGAUGAAAUUCCAUUGUGCACUGCAGUUUAAACUACUUUUUAUGGAUGAGAUUUACACAUGUUGUAAUGCUUUGAUGUGCUAUCUGCCAUUAUCCUUGAUAUAUUGGUCCAGAGGUAACAGACGCAGAAUAGGUGUGGCAAUACCUUUUGUUAACCUGGUUUCUGUUGAUGAAGGCCGCGCACACUCUUGAACGGAGCAGGCCCUCAGAAAGGCAGAUGAGACCAUUAGCUGCCACUGCCAAUAUUCCAGGCACGUCGCCCUUAUCAAAAUGACUCUCGCGUGGCUCCCACGUGAGCGGGAGGGCACCCGGCGGCUGAGCAGAGCAGUAAAGAGUUGCGUUUUGCUCUCAGUUUCCAGCACUCGCUCAAGGCAUGGGCGCCCCAUCAGGACACAGAGAGUUCAGAAGGGGACACCCCAAAUGGCAUCCUGGACCCACAUUGCCGCACAACUCCCCCCGCCACGGACCGAGAGCACAUGAAGGCCUCUCCGGAAAUCCAGCUCUUGGCUUUUGCUUCCUUAAAACAGCGCUCCUCCCUUCCCAGGGAUCACUUUUUGCACUCGGUGCCCUUGGGGUUGAAAAGCAGGGUGCAGGACGGGUGCCGGGGGAGCUGCUUUAAGAAGGAAAUUCUCCACUUCUGCUGGAUAAAUGGGAGUGGGAGAACAAGCGUGAGAGGCCCCUUAGGAAAGCAGGUUGGCACUGUUCCAGCGUUUCACCGAGGCACGGCUCGCUUCGCUCUGCAGUCACCCUGAGCUCGUCACGGCUGUGCUGACAUUCGUAGAUGCGCCAGGCCGCUGCCGCCAGUCAGCGCUCUUUGGUAGCCACGCCAGCGGUCCCCGCAGUAAACAUACAAAGCGUGAAGGGCAGACACACUUCCCCAAGCAUGCAAAGUCCAGCGGCUAAUCAGAAUUGCUUGACUUGUGUCCUUAGGUGUUUAGGGAUUCACACCUGUCGCACAAGCAGUGUAGAGGACCUGCUCGUGGCUGCAGGAGCAGCACUGGCAAGGACAACUGGCCCUCCAGCAGCAAUUCUAGCACAGAAAUUUAGGAUAUGAUGGCAGCUCUCUUAAGUGGCUACGGGGGCUACAUUUCUCGCUUGGCAGCACUGUUUCCCCAGCUCGUCACCGGCUUUCCAUGUUAUUAGGUGCAUGUGCUCGACACAGUUCAGAAGCUUGUGUGGUCCAUCAGCAGAAAACGCUCCAGUUUAAAAGGUAUUGCCGUGCCUGUUCUGUCUCUCUUAUUUUCUGUUGGGACAAGGCCUGCAAACAUUCAAAAUGGAGAAACACUCAAAUAGGCAAAGGGAUUCUGCAAGCCCUACAUGUUUGCAGCACAGAGCCCAGGAAACGGGGGAAAAAUGCUAAUAGCCCCUCACUGCCUCUUGGUUUCCUUUCCGUUGUAUUAGAUAUAAUACCAUUCCUACUCUAAACCAAAUUUGGGUCUCUGUACUGGCAAAUAUACCCUUUUUGAAGCCAAUACGUCUCAGCAGCUUUCUAUGCUACUGAUAAAAGUGCCAUAAUCGUUCCCCAUUAUCUGUCUCUCUUUGAUUUCAUACAAAACACUUCCUUCCCCCUUCCCUAAUCCCCGUUGUAAAUUAUUGUUAAAAGUAAAGCUACUAAUCACCCUCCCCUCUUUUACUUUUAAAUGACUGUUUUGUAGAGAAGCCCUGGGAUGGAAAGGUCUAGAAUCCAAGUGGUGCACACACGCAAAAUAUUUUUAAAAGGUUUCUUAUAGCACAUGUACUUAUAGGUAAUGGCUUUGUGUUACUCUCACGUUUUUACUACUGCUGGGGCCUUCCUGAACCCUUUGAGGGCUAUUUUAUACUUCUUGCAGCAAUGUUUGCCUAUUGAAUUAUCACAUGCAAACUGGUCAUCAUUAUGUCUUUCCAGGACAUUUUGUUGUUCGACAUUUAAAUUUCCAAAAUAACCAUGCUUUAAAAAACAACAGCGAGAACCCUCAGAACGCUUCAUGCAGAAAAACUCUGAGGACAUGUAUCGUCACCUCCUGAAGUUUAGCCUUCUUUCCUUGCACCGGGGCUUGCACGAAAGCCCCAAACAAGCCCUAUCAAAAUGGCAGCCGUGUAUAAUGGGUUGCACUGAAUUUGAGCCGCACCCUUGUUUUUCAGUAGCUCAUGCUAAAUUCCUUGAACUCUAGAACUCUGGCCAACAGGCACUGGCCAAAUAUGGCAGGCCUUGAAUUAGGUAUUUUCCAGGCAACAUUUAUUUUAUAGCGCAAAGAAAUCUUGAACAGAAUCCUUAAAUAGAAAAUAAACCUUGCAACUUUAAGCAGAGAAUAAAUCCAAAUGUUUAGACUGCUCCCUUAGCAGGGAAAAGGGGAUCCAAAGAAGGGACAUGCAGAUCUGGGAUAGAAGCAUCCACACGGCUGAAGUUUUGCUAGCUGGUUUUCUCUCUGCUCCCAUGGCUACGGAUCCAUUUGGAACUGUUCUUGCUGUGGAAAUGACCGCACAGAAAACCAGCCAGUAAAGUUGCAGCUUCUUGAAUGAGGGUCUUUUCUAACGCACUGCACUUGCUUGCUUACAUGUUCCAUUUGAAAAACCCAGACAGAAGUCUCUGUCAUUUAUUUAUAACGUAUUUCAUAUGGGGGACAGCAUUGGAAGGAGCUAUAGGAGCACAAAGGGCUUGAUAAACUGAGGGAAAAAAAUAAACAAGGGGAAUUCGCAUUUUUUAAAGUCAACUCCAAAAGCACAAAGAAGUAGUUUUCGAACUGAAUUAGCUAAUUUUAAUGAAAUGGCCAUAUUCAAAGGCGUAACAAGUUCAUCUUUCUUUCACCAUAGGGGUUAUUAUUCCUUGGCUUGUGCUACUCUCUGGAAUCAUUUUACUGUUUCUGUUUUUAUUAACUUAAGUGCAAAUUAACAAAAGAGUUUUUUUAAGCAAACAAACAAACUUGUAGUAUCGUUAUCUUUCUGAAUAAUGUCAUAACAAACAAAGAUAAUAACCCUGUGUACUGGCGUGGGGGUGGGGUGGGGUGGGCUGGAGUGUCGUGCUGUGAGAAAUUGUUGUUUGUAGAUUAAUAAUAUCUCUCAUGUAGUUGAGAAUGUCGGAAACCGAGGCCACGAUCCACUCUCGCCGUGGGCGUAGCAUCCCCACGCAGAGGAUUCCCAUUGGCUCAUCCAAGCUCUGCCUCCAGCGCACGAGCGUUCUGUAUCCGCAUCCCAGCCCUUUGUCCUGGGAAGUUACGGGGCACCAGUAGCUUGCAAGCUUUUUGACACGAGGCAUUUCUUGGCGCUCAUGAAUCCUUAGUUGUGGUUGUUACGGGUUCUUUGGACAUUGACAUGGUCCUCCGUUUUCACUUCUGCUUUUUAAGAGCGGGGCAUUUUUCGAGCAUUGCCUUUCGGGGCUUUAUUUAAGUGAACGAAAAGCUGUUUUCCUGCUUGUGUAUUUGUGCCGUUCCUCUAUUGCACAGCCCCACCAAGAGGUUAUCUGGCAGAAAAGCAGGAGAGGAAAAGCUCUGUGCAACUUAGGAGUUCUUUAGCAAGUUCAGGGGGAGACAGCAGGGAUCUGCACCCUGGCAUAAUGUAUGCAUUGCGAGCAUGGAGCUGAGAAAGCACACACAUUGACUCCCGUGUGAAUCUUCUGCACCUGGAUCAUGACCCCACGGUGCUAAUGGAUUGUGCCCUUGGUUGUUUUGUUUCUUAAAGUUUUGUCAGAGAAAAGCCAAAGUUACUGCAAUGUAGUGGAAACUGUAAGAUCAUUUGAGUAUCGUUUCUAUUUUGUUGACGCAUUUGGAUUUUGCUGUUUGAUGGAAUUUGAGCCAAAAACAAACACAAACACAAAAAACCCCCACAGGCUUUCCUAUUUCUAAAACUUGAUUGUACUUAUGCAUUUUGUACCAGUGGAACUUUUUAUACUGGAGAUUUAAAAAAAAAACAACAGUUUUUGUUUGUUUUUGUUUUUGUUUUUUCUGGCUUGCUCUUGUGAGCCCCAAGAACAUGGCGGGGUUUCAAGUUUGAUUUCCAGUUGGUAGAAAGAAAGUAAGUUGGUUUUGUUUAGAGAAUUUAAAAACAAACAAACAAACUUUGGCUUGGUUUAAUUCUUUCCCUUUGCUUAUAUUUAGUGUUUAGAAUUUUGUCUUUAAAACAAGCGGUAAGUUUCACUUUUUAUUCUGUAUUGUGCAGUUACACAAUAAUAUAAAGAUAAAUUAGAAUUUAGGAGUACAGAGUCACUUUACGUAGAUAAAUGUAUUAGUUAAAAGUAGGGGUUUGCUUUUUUGCUGUUUAGAUCAAAAGUUUUUUCUGAUUCUUCUGUCUUCAUUGUGAACAUAACUGUGUAGUUGAAACAGUCAAACUUAUUUUUGUAACGUAUGUUAUUGUGUGAUGCAGUUUUUUGCUUCUGUCUCCAAUAUUAAACCAUUUUCCUAAUA